AUGAUUACGUCUUGUAUUUUCUCACUCCUUAUACUGUUUAUUGUUUCAAUUUUUGCUACGAAAAAUGUUGAAGGAUCUCAGCCUGUAUUACAGAAAACGGUAGAAAGUUUAUUCACAGACAGAUCUGAUGUCACGUACCCUGGAACGUGUAAAGUACUUGUGUCUUCAAAGAGACAGACAAAAAUAUGCAAGCGGGAACCAGGUAUUUCGAGAAUUCUAGUCACUGCCAAGCAACAAGCCAUUGCGGCUUGUGAAGAAGCGUUUCAAUACGAUAGAUGGAAUUGUUCCUUAAUCUACAAUUAUAAAGCUAAGAGGAGUAUAUUCAAGAAAAUUUACAGAGAAACGGCGUUUAUAUAUGCGCUUGUAGCUGCGUCAAUCACUCAUGCUGUAGCUAGAGGAUGCUCUUCGGGAGAGCUCGACAGGUGUUCCUGUUUAGGAAGCUUUCAAAACGAAACGAAUUUAAGAGGCGGAUGUGGAGACGACUUCAAAUAUGGUAAAAGAUUUACAAAGAAUUUUCUCGAGUGGAAGCAAGCCGGUAAUGAUCAAAUUGCUGAAAUAUUGAAACAAGACGUGAAUAUUGGAAUAGACGCUGUCGGUGAACAGCUAAAGGAAGUUUGUAAAUGUCACGGUUUCUCAGGAUCGUGUACAACUAAGACAUGUUGGAAGCGAUUGGGACCUUUCAAUUCAGCUAUGGGUUUGUUGAAGAAAUACUAUCACCACGCGAUUAAGAAAAAGCUCAUCAACUAUACAACGAAAAGAGCAAUAACUCCAAAAGUUAGACGGAAGAUGGAGAUUGAUAAGAAAAAAUUGGUUUAUCUGCAGAGAACGCCAAAUCUGUGUGUCAGUACUAAAGGACGGAUUUGCAAGGAUAGGCAAAAUUGUGCCACCUUGUGUUGUGGACGUGGUUUCAUCAUAGGGAAGAAGUCUGUGAGCUCUCGGUGUAGGUGUAAAAUGGUGGAUUGUUGCCUUGUUAAAUGUGACACUUGUGUUGAAGAAGUAGAAUCUUAUACUUGCAAGUAA